UUUCAGAAAACAAGAGCGUCCUUUGAUUGGUUUUGGAUUUUGUUGUGUUCCUCUCAAAAUGACAAAAUUAUGGACUCUUCUCUCUGCUCUUCAUUCCCUCGCUGGACCCGUGGUGAUGUUGCUUUACCCGUUAUAUGCGUCGGUGAUAGCAAUAGAGAGCCCAUCAAAAGUAGAUGAUGAGCAAUGGCUUGCUUAUUGGAUUCUCUACUCUUUCCUUACUCUAUCAGAACUCAUCCUUCAAUCUCUCCUAGAGUGGAUACCGAUAUGGUACACGGCUAAGCUAGUGUUUGUGGCAUGGUUGGUGCUGCCGCAAUUUAGAGGGGCUGCUUUCAUAUACAACAGGAUCGUGAGGGAACAGUUCAAGAAGUAUGGCAUCCUCAAACCUAAGGUAGAGCAUCAGGCUGAGUCUUGGCUUUGCAAAAAGGGAAGCAGUGGUGAGCGAGAAGGCUUCUCCGGCAGCGGUGGUGUGUCGAUUCAAGAGAAGGCUUUAGACCUAGUCGAGUUCACUGGAUCGGUGACUCAGGCGAUUCCUGGUCCUCGAGUUGGAAGUAGCAAAUUGCCGUGGAUGCUCGCCGUUCCGUUACCUUACGCCGGCGUCACUUUCGUCACUGCUUUCGUUAAAACCGUUCAGAAGUUCUCUUCUCCUAAAGCUCAACGCAAGAAACUGGUGAAUCAGAAUGCUAUGCUUUGCAGAUCUAUAGAUGAGCUAUUACGGAAAGAUGGAACAGUGCAUAGCGCUGAGCUUAAGGCACUUGAACAAAAGACAGAGUUUAACAUUACAAGGCUGUUGCACUGUAGAGUUCUUGAUUUGCUUGGUGCUGACAAUCUUAGGAUACAUCCCAGAGAUAAAUUAUGCACUAUACGUGAUCGUGUUUCAAAACCGUGAAGGCUCUCACGAACUCGGAGCACCACUCAACUAACCUUUGAAACUGUUUUACUUAUCCUUUAUGUUCCAAAUAAGUUGCUUUGCAAUUUUCCGAAUCAUCCAAAAUUCUCUGUUUUUUUGGUUAACCAUCAUUAAAAGGUUAAUGAAACAUUGGCCUAGAU